UAAUUCUAACGUCCACAGUCAACCUCAUUCAGUUGCAAAAGCAACUAAAAAUUUUGUCAAAGAUGACUUUGAGUUCCGUAAUACCAACUACGGGACCAGAGUCAUCACUAAAACCAUGGCGGAUUUCGAAGCCGUCAAGAAUCAUCUACCCCAAAAUAAACCUUCCUAUUAUUCUUUCUUUCCAAAGUCAGAAAAACCCAUUAAGGCUGUAAUCCGUCACCUCCCCCCAAUACCCCGGCGGAGGAUAUUUCUGAUGGAUUGGUGACCAUGGGAUUUGAUGUGGUUAGCGUCAAACAAUUGACAACCACCCGAGGGUCUCCUUCAGAAGAAAGGAUAAACAGAAACCUUCCUCUCUCCAUUAUCAUCCUUACCAGGACGGGAAAAUCAAAGGAAAUCUUCAGACUACAAAGCCUUUGCCACAUUUCCAUCCGGGUUGAGACAUAUAGAGCACAGAGUGGCCUUACGCAUUGUCACAUCUGCCAACAAUUUGGACACGUCUGAGCUAAUUGUAAGCAACCUCCCCGUUGCAUGUGGUGCGGGGGUGGCCACCUGCACAGAGAGUGCCCCGAGAAACAGAACGCUGCCUCCACUCCAGCGUGCUGCAAUUGCGAAUUGAAGGAGGAGGGAAGCCCCAUCCCGCCAACUUUUGGGGCUGCAGACACGCGAGGUAGGAACUGCAGAGGAGGAAAUCGCAGAGAGCACCCAAAACUACGACGGGAAGGGUGUUCUCCUCGAAUAUCGUUACUCCUGGAGUCUCCUUCGCGGCAGCGCUCCGUGGCAGCACAUCAUAGGAGCAACGACCUCAGACUCUCCAAGUUCCAGUGGCAGUCCCACCAGAAGCCACGAAACAGAGCGUCCCAGUCCUUGUACAGGAACAAAAAAACAGGUAACACCUUCACUGUGCUAGAAACAAGAAGAAGCCGCUGCAGCACUAUAAACAUAGCGCGA